AUGCCAAAACAAACAAAAAUCACGGAUACAUUUUUCAAGCCUAAGGCUUCAUCAUCAUCAAAUGACAAUGUGUCAAAUACUUUCGGAUUAUUAUUACCAAUAGAUGAUGUAGUGGAUGAAAAUAAUUUACUAGAUACAUUUAUAAAUUCAGCUAUUAAUGGAGGUGUAAAGAGAAAUUGGAAUAUUCAACAAUUAAAAAAGACUGUAGGAGAUAUAAAUUCAGAAUUUAAACCUCAAAUAGAAAAAAGAACAGCUUUUUGGGAAAAGGAAUUAGAAAAAUUAAAUAAUAUUAAAAUACCAAUAAGGAAAUCAAGUCAAUCAGAUAUUGAAUCAGGUGAUAAAUCACAAAAAACAUUAUUGGAUUACUUUACAAAAAAUGAAAAAUCAUCUCAAAAUGAAUCAAAUAUUACAACAAUAGUUUUAGAAUCACAAGAUGUUCCUCAAGAUUUAGUAAUUCCAAUGUUAGAUCCACGUACAAGUGAUUUAAAUAUUACAACUACUAAUAAUGUAGAUACAAAUAAUAAUAAUAAUAAUAAUAAUACAAUAAUCAAUAAUAAUACUAGUAAUAAUACAACUAUUAUUGAUAAUAAUACUACUGAUGAUAAUAAUGAUAUAUUUUUGGAUGAAGAAGAAAUUAUUAAACCAAUUACACCAUCUGAAACUGCUACCAACAAUAAUAAUAUUAUGGAUAGUGAAAUUAUAACUCUAACUUCCAAUGAUUUAGAUGAUUUAUUAAUGGAAGAUAUUAUUCAAGUACCUUCCAAUACUUUAAAUACUACUGAAAUAACACAAAAUGAAACUGUUAAAUUAUCCUCUCCUUCACUUUCCUCUAUUAAUAAUAAUAAUACCACUACUAAUACUAUCACCAAUACUCCACCCAUUAAUCCUACAACAACUUCUGCAACUUCUGCUACUACUACAGCCACUAUACCAUCAUCAUCAUCCAAUAAUUCAACUACUGCUUCUACCACUGAAAUUAAAUUAAUUAAAUCACCAAAUUUAGAAGGUAAAAAACCAAAACAAGAAAUAACUAAAAUAGAAAGUGAAAUAACAACAGGUGUUGAAGAAAUAUUAACAACACCUAAAAAAACAAGAAAGACAACAAGUUCUAAAAAGUCAACUGCCAGUAAGAAAACAUCUAAAAAAGGGUCAAAGAAGAGAAAAGUUCAAGAUGAUGAUGCCAUGUUAGAUGACGAUGAUGAUGAAUAUAAACCAUCUUUAACAGAUGAAGAAGAUUUAAUACUUGAUGAAGAAAUUGAAGAUGAUGAAGAUGAAACUAUUGGAAAAUCUGGAAAGAGAAAAAGACCAGCAGCUAAAAAAGUUACAGAUGAACAAGAUGAAGAAAUUCUUAAUCAAAUACUUGAUGAAGAGGAUGAACCUCUUACUAUUAAGACCACAACUACUAAUACUACUACCAAUAAUAAUACUUCUAUUAUGAAUUCAUCAGCUAUUGCAAGUGAAACCAAAACAAUAACAAAACAACCAUCAACUAAAACAUCCAUUUCAGAUACCACUUCUAACAAGUCAACAAGUAAAACAUCUUCCACUGCUUCAAAUUCCAAGUCAACAAUUAAAGAAGAAGAUGAAGAAGUUGCUGCUACUGCUGCUGUUGAAGAUGAAGAAGAAAUUAUUGAAACACCAAUCAAGACAAGAUCAGCAAGAAAAAAGACAAGACAAUCAGGUAAAUCAAGCCUUGAUUCUGAAAAUGAAACAUCAGCUAACAAAUCAUCAACUAAAUCAACAACAGGAUCAACAACACCAACAAGUGUUGGUAAUAAUGAUUUAUUUGAAGAAAUGUCAAAUUCUAUUGUUCAAUCACCAUCAAUGGAAGAUGAACCUCAAACACCUGCAAAUAGUAAAAAGAAGAAGAGAACAACAACAACAGUUAGAAGAAGAAAAAAGAAAUCAGAAGAUGGAACAGUUUCAUCAUUUUCUGAUGGUAUUGAUGGUGGUGAUUCAUUCCUUAGUCAUGAAGAUGAACUCUAUGUUUCUACAAAUAGUAAUACUGAUACAAGUGCACCUUCAUAUCAAUUUUGGGAUUAUGUAAAUAGUUUCUUUCCUGUUAUUAAGAAGGAUAGAUUACAAUUAUUAGAAAUUGAACAUUCUGAUGAUGAUGAUGCUUUUAACAUUUCAAAAAGAGGAAAACAUUACACUGAAAAAUGGGAAGAUGAAAAUUGUAAAUUAUUUCCACAUUUAUUUAAGAAGGAAGUUCCUUCUCCAAUGGAAAAUGAAUCCAUCAGCAUUUCUGCUACUCAUAACACUACUCAUAAUACUUUUAAUAACUUAUCAACAACAAACAAUAUUUCAUUUUCCAAUUCAAUUAAUGUUGAUAAGAAUUCAAAACACUUUUUUUCACAACACAAUUUAACACAAAGACUUUUAUCAAGUUUAAUUGAGGAGAGAGAUUUAGUUUCAGUAGAAACAUUUUUCAAUGAUGAAAAUUCAUCAUCCUCCUCCUCAGCAACAACAUCAGGUCUAGUCUUUGAUAGUGAUGAAGAAUCUGAUUCAUCAAGUGCUAGAAAAACUACACGUUCAACUAGGAAGAGUAUUGCUGGAAAUUCAAAUAAUAUUGCUCAAUAUUCAAAUGUAUUUGCAUCACCAUCAUCUUUGAAUAAUGGUAAUUCUAAUAAUCAAUCAACUAAUGCUGCCAAUUCAAAUAUUAAUUCAAUGUUAGAUAAUUUUUCCAAUUCAUUUUCAAUUCUUGAACAACAACAGCAACAUGAAAUUGGUGAACAUUUAAAACAAAAACUUCCAACACUUUCAAAAACUCACAAUCAAAAAUCAAAUCAAGUUUUACAAGCAUCAAAUCAAUUUAAAGAUUUUGAACAACAAUUAUUUGAACCAUCAUUUGAUUAUUCAUCUCAAUAUUUAAAUAUAUUUGAAGAGAAAUUAAUGAGUGAAAUUAAAAGUAUUGGAUUAUUACCACCUCCUCCAUCACAACAAACAACAAGUAAUAAUAAUAAUAACAUGUUAACACCAUUGUGGUUUGAUGAAGAAUCGAGAGAGGAUGAUGAAAUUUGUGCUGAAAUUAGAACUCUUCAAAACAAACUACGACAACAAAUGGAAAAGACCAACACCUAUAGAAUGAAAAUAUUAACAAGUGUUAAAGAGAAAUUACAUGAAGAAACUGAAAUUGGAAAGAAAAUUUUAUUAUUUUCAGAAUUGGAAAAGAAAUUAUUUCCUCCAACUCAAAAGAAACGUUAAUAAAUUAUUUUACAAUUCUGAUAUUUUUUACAAUCUUUCUAUUAAAUUAAGUUGAAAGUUUUCUGGAUUUAAAUAUAUUUACAAAUUAAUACAACCAUGUUGAUGAUAAUGAAAUUACCAAUAAUUCUUAUCAUAAUUAGUUGAAUUUGAAGGUCUAUAAGUGGUUGAUGAUCUUGAAUUUGAUCUCAUUUCAGAUAAAUUUUCAUUUGUAUACUCUGGUAUUAAUUCUGAAAAGUACAUUUGUUUAUGAAGUCUAUUAGUAAAUUCUUGUGCUAAAUCUUGAGCUUGUUGGUGAGUUAAAUUUCUUUCCAUUUCAUAUUCAUUACCAUUAUCAUCUAAUCUUACAACUCUCCAUAUUGGUUUAUCAUGAAUACUCUUUACUUUAUCAGUAUUAUUAGUGUUAGUAUUAAUAUUGGCAUUAUUAUCAGUAUUAUUAGUAUUAUUAUUAGUAUUAUUGAUUUUAAUAUUAUUAUUAUUGAAUGUAGUAGUAUUAGACUUUUCAAAUAGAUUAAAUGAUUGACUGAAAUGAUUUGAAUAGUUUGAAUUCAAUGUAUAUGGAAUAAUAUAAUUGUUUGUAUUGAUUCCUAUAAUACUACUACUACAAUUAUUACAAUUAUAAGGUGAUAAUGUAAUAUUAUGACUUGUUGAUUGAUACGAUGAUCGGAUACGAAGU